AGUAGGCCGCCGCGAAUCAUAUGAUCAUGAAUGGUUGUUCUGAGAAAUGUUGUGUGGAGACAACAUAAGCUGCUGAAAACUUCACUGCAAGUGUACGAUCCUUUAAAUCUAUUGACACUUUAUUGUGCGGAUAGGGUUUCACGAAAGGAGUUUAUUGCAAGAUGUCAAGACAAGGGGAAUUUGGGUAUGGUGCUCUUGGUGGAAAUAGGAAUCAAUUUAGGGAUGAUGGUGGAAAUGAAUUUUCAUCGGUUGUAAAGCAAGUCAGUGAUGGAAUUUUCAAAAUAAAUAAUAGUGUUUCGCAGCUUGAGAAAGCUGUCCGUCAAAUUGGAACUCCGGAAGAUUCCAUGACUGUCCGGGAUCGCAUACAAAAUACUCUGCAGUCUACCAAGAGCAUUGUGACAAUUACAACAAGGAACUUGAGCCAACUGAAGCAAUUAGCAUACACAGCAACACGGGAUUCUAAGCCUGAACGAUUACAGUGCGAAAGGCUCACAAAUGAUUUACAAGAAACAGUGAAAAGAUAUGGAGAAGUUCAAAAGAAAGUGAUGGCUAAAAUGAAAUCCUGUCCAACUGUUCCAAAACCUCACAUUCCCGAAGAUUAUUCAAAUGAGCAUUCCUCAUUAAUUGCGGACAAUCAGCGCCAGGAACAGUUCUCACAGCUACAGCAACAUGAGGCUGUUAUAGAUUUUGAUAAUGCAUUAAUUGAAGAUAGAGAAGAGCGCAUCCGACAAAUUGAAGGUGCAAUGCUUGAUGUUAAUGAAAUAUUUCGAGACUUAAGUGCUAUGGUAUCUGAGCAGGGAGAAAUGAUUGACUCCAUAGAAGCAAAUGUUGAUCGUGCUGAUACCAACAUAGAGUCUGGGAAUGAACAACUAGUUACAGCAAGUCGAUAUCAGAAAAAAGCCAGGAAAAAAAUGUGCUGUAUUUUCGUAAUCUUAAUCGUAGUAUUUGGAAUUCUAGGCCUUAUAUUGUAUAUUACACUUCAUAAUAAUUAGGCAUGCAUCAAAAAUAAUCUUUCAUUUAAUAUGAUCAUAUAAAAAUAUAUCAUGUCAAAACGUGUGAUUAUGGAUACCAUAAACAAUUAAAUAAGCGUUGCAUCACAUUUGAGUGAAGGGCUUAUUUAAAGAAGCAAUUCUUUGGGUGUAAAUAUUUGAGUCGAAAUCUUGCUCAAAUUUCUACCACAUGCUAUCUACAAUUUUCCAAAGCAUUUGGCCUAUUCAAGAGAGUAGUGCUUAUUCACAGUAAUGUUUAUGGUAUCAUAGCAAUAAAUGUUUAUUGCCAUGGUAACAUGAAAAUUUCCUAUUAUUGUAUGAUUUUUCAUGAAAAGGUAUUAUAACUCUAUGAUUAUGUUUUGUAAUAUUUUCUCUGCAAAAAAUAUAUAGCAAUUGUUAUGUUUCUAUUUUUGUUACUACAUAUAAUUUCUUUCAUAUAAAUAGUAAAAUAUUUUAUAAAAUAAUGCAUUCUAAAAAUGUGUGUCAAGUUUAAUUCAUUCCAUUGAUGGUACUUAUGUCAUUUUUAUGUUAAGUAAUUUCCUUUGGUUUAAUUAGGGAAAUCCCCAUUACCUCUUCAGUGCUGCUGUUGUCAGCAGGUCAAAAUUUGAACAGGAAUCAUUUAAUGUCACUCGUGUUGAUUCCAAGUGCUAUUACCAUAACACCAUAACACACAUGAAUCAGUCAAUAAAAAAUAUACUGUACUGCCAUACAAAAAAAAAAAUGAAAUAAAAAAUUUAAAUUUUUUUUCAACAAGUUUAAUAUGAAAAAUUAUAAAUUUGAUGGCAGGAAUAUAGCAGCAAAUCUAUACUUUUUUAAAUGGUGCGCUUAGAUUUUUUUUUAUUAUUCUUUUCAUCAUCAUUACAUUAGGCAAUUAUUGGACAAUUAUUUACAUUAUGAAAAAAAUUUUUUUAGGACUAAAUAGGCAGUUAGCCCCAAAGACAAUAGUUAUUUAGGACAAUAAUGCCUGAUUUCUACCCUUCCAGUUGUCAUACACUACUACAUUAGGGUUGGAAUAGCCAAGUAGGCUAUUAAGGAGGUUUUACACUAGGAACAUGCAUGCCUUUAACAGAGUAAAAAACUAAGCUGGGAACAAUACUGUAGCGUUGGAGGGUGCAACGCUACUGCGCGCCCAAAACGGGUAGUAAUUAAUCACGAUCCAUUCAAAUUGCCGCCAACAAUCAGCAUACAGCAUCGUUUAACACUCACAAGGAACAAAGUUGGAUUCGACAGACAUACGACAGAGUGAGUGCCCAGCUUAAAUAAUUCAAAUCUUGCAAUGUGAAUACACUGACAAAGUUUUACUAUAUGUUAACUCUUUUUUUCUUCUAUUACAAACCAACACCAAGAGUGGCAUUAAAUAAUUAGGUAUAAAUGUACUUUAGGCUCCGAUCCUUCAGGAAGGACGAUUUUAAUCUUGCGUGGUAUAAGUCAAAUAUUUAAAUUGUACUUUUAUCUACUGUAGUUACAUGAUGCAAGAAGCAGGGUCAGAUCCAUGCUUUCAUAAACAUUUUUUUUUUUUACCAUCAGCCUUCAAAUGUAAAGCAUGUAGAAUAUUUUUAAAAUUGUUGAAACAGAUUUUAAAAUCAAUACCUUGAAAAAAAGUUUUCCAGUAACUUUUGUAUUAUAGAAUGGUAUGGUGGAUUGGAGUAUGUGCUCAUUCUUAAAUUCCAAGGGAAUGGGCCAAAUCACAGCAAAUAUAAAUAAUUUAAGCAACUAGUGAUUAAGCAAGUUGGGCUGGGCUUAUUUUUUGGGCAAAACAGCUUAAAAGGGCCCAGUUUAUCAGGGCAUCCACCAAGUUUUUGACACCACUGGUAGCAACUCGGGUUAAAACUCUGGUGUGUUUGUAUUGGGUGUUAUAAUCCUGGGAUUGAAAAACCACUGAGCAAGCAGCCUAAGACACACCAAGGUGUUCUGUAAAUAUAUAAUUUUUAUUUUAAUGUUUUGAUUACUCUUCAUAAAAUAAAUAAAGGAAAUCCAUUUUUAAUAAACAGAAAUAAACUUAAUCUGGGUCCCUUGCAAUAAUUUUUGAAAUUAUUUUGUUAUAUUUACAUUAAAAGUGUAUAUAUUUUUGUUAAUUUUCUGCGAGUUUUAAAAGGGAAUUAUUAUUGUUAAUUUAUAUUUAAAUUUUGUAUCUUUUCUUAAUUAUUUUUUUUCUAAAUGUGAAUUCAAAGAGGAAUAUGAUUAUAGUGCAAGAAUCAGAGUUGUCAACUCUUUCAAGUUUUUUAAAAUUAUUGUAAUCAGCAAUUUAAUAGUUACACAAUAUGUAAACCCCUUUUUAUUCAAAACAGAAUAAUAUAUAAUUAAAUGUUGUUACUAAAUACUGUAUUGUAUCCACAAAACCAGACAAAAUUGCAAGUGAAUAUUUCAAAAAAUUAAGGCCUAAAAUUAUCAUAUGAUAAUUUUAACCCAAUCUGAAUUUACAAUUUUGUUACAACAUAAUUAGGCAUUAAGCUUUCACCUUGUACUCUGCACAGUAUGAGUAUGUAUGCAGUCAUGCAUAAACUGUGCAACCUAAGCAUUCUCAGUCUGAGUCAUUUCCGCAAAUCCUGACAAAGUCGCAAGUGAACAUUUUGAAAAAUUAAGUUGUAAAGCCUAAAAUUAUCACCUGACAUGCUGUUAACCUGCUCGCUGGUGACCAUUACAAGUGUUCCAGACAACUGAUAACAGCAACUAGAAUCCAUUAUUUGCAAUUAUUCACUAAAGGAAGCUACAUUAACGCCUGUGUAGCUCCUGUGAUUAUGGGUUCGCAUGACCAAACAAUUAUCUAAAAAUUUUAACCCGAACUGUAGUUACAAUUUUGCUACAACAUAUGCAUUAUGCUUUAGUGCAUCUUGUAUCCUGCAUAGUAUCAGUAUGUGUGCAGUCAUGCAUAUACUAUGCAACCUGGGCAUGCUCAGUUUGAGGUUAUAUCCCAGUUGUGCUAAAAUGCUGAUACAGUUAUUCAAUCGGUUAAUGAAACUAAUUACUCAAUAUAAGUAUAGAAUAUAAAUGUAGAUAUAAUUAUGUAUUUAAAAAAGUUUGUGUUUUCUGACCUUAUAAUUUAUGUGGGAACACUUGACAUUUAUUUAGUUGAUUGUGCAACUCUAUAAAAGUAGAAUGUUGCUUGUGCAUUUAAUAAAUAUUAGACAGUUGGGCUUUCUGCUAAGCCCCAAUCCUUGGAUAUUGUUGCUUAGGUAAAAAUAGUAGCGUAAAUGUUGGUAGGACAAGCGCAUAUUCAUGGGCCUGUUCUGAUUGUUUGUUAAGUUUUUGAUUGACACUCCAGAUAUUUCUAUUAUAGUUGAAAUGUAUAAUAUAAAUAGGACCACCAUAUUACUGAGUAAGUGUUCAUGUAGUUACAAUCAUGUAGUUACAAUUUAGUGAGGAUGUUUACGUUACCAACAAUUAAGGAUGACUCCAGGGCCUAGAAAUUAAACAUGUUUUAUUCAAACAUUAUCUCAAAGUAUUUGAGUCCGGGUUAUUUUUUUCUUGGCGCCUUUAACAAUCUUUUGAAUUGGCGUGUUGUAAAGCUCUCUUAUUAUUAAUAGUAUUAUUCUUAACCACUCAUGAAUAUUAAUUAUGUAAAAUAAGCUUGUAUAAAUCUUCCAUCAUGUCUUAUGAAUUAGUGCAUUAUCACUGUUCUUUCUGUACAUUUAUGAAAUUGUUGAAAUAUAAUCCUUGGAAAGAAUUAAAGUGAGUACAUAGAGUACAA